UUCCGUCGACAUUCGUCUUCUGCCGUAGAGAGAAGGGAAAAGUCUUUGCUGCGAUGCCUCUGGGAAGAUGGCAGCUUUUGGGAUCCUGAGUUACGAGCACCGGCCUCUGAAACGGCCGAGGCUUGGACCACCCGAUGUUUAUCCUCAGGACCCUAAGCAGAAGGAGGAUGAGUUAACAGCACUGAAUGUGAAACAGGGGUUUAAUAAUCAGCCAGCAGUAACAGGGGAUGAACAUGGCAGUGCGAAAAAUGUCAACUUCAACCCUUCUAAGAUCAGUUCAAAUUUCAACAAUAUUAUCACAGAGAAACUCCGAUGCAACACAUUCCCCGACACUGGAAAAAGAAAACCUCAAGUUAACCAGAAGGAUAAUUUCUGGCUAGUAACAGCAAGAUCCCAGAGCUCCAUAAAUAACUGGUUUACAGACCUGGCUGGGACUAAACCCCUCACUCAACUUGCCAAGAAGGUUCCCAUCUUUGGUAAAAAAGAGGAAGUGUUUGGCUACUUGGCAAAGUAUACUGUGCCAGUAAUGAGAGCAGCUUGGCUCAUCAAAAUGACCUGUGCCUACUUUGCAGCAAUUAUUGAAACCAAAGUGAAAAAACGACAUGUAAUUGACCCCUGUAUAGAGUGGACUCAAAUCAUAACCAAGUACCUCUGGGAGCAGCUUCAGAAAGUUGCUGAGUUUUAUCGACAGUCAUCCAGUCAAGGUUGUAGCUCUCCACUUCCUACCACACCUGCGGAGGUAGAGACGGCCAUGAAACAGUGGGAAUAUAAUGAGAAGCUAGCAAUGUUUAUGUUUCAGGAUGGCAUGCUGGACAGGCAUGAAUUUCUUACCUGGGUUUUGGAGUGUUUUGAGAAAAUACGACCAGGUGAAGAUGAACUUCUGAAACUGCUUCUCCCACUCAUGCUUCAGUAUUCUAGUGAGUUUGUGCAGUCUGCCUACCUCUCUAGGCGGCUGGCCUAUUUCUGCACACGCCGGCUUGCCUUGCUGCUGAGUGAUGGAAGUUUGGGUUCUGUUCCUGGGAGUCACCAGGCCCAUGUAAUUGCAGCACAACCUGGAAAUCCCCUGCCUCCAACCCCAGCCCCACAACCAGCUGGUGGAAAUCAUACCCAGACUCCCUUUACAGAUUUCUACCUUUGCUCUCAGCAUCGGCCACUAGUUUUUGGUCUUAGCUGCAUGUUACAAAGCAUUGUACUUUGCUGUCCCAGUGCUCUAGUUUGGCACUACUCAUUAAUGGAUAGUAGAAACAAAACAGGCUCUCCUUUGGAUUUACUACCUAUAGCUCCUUCUAAUCUGCCCAUGCCGGGGGGAAACACUGUUUUCACACAACAGGUACGAGCAAAGGUUCGAGAGAUUGAAGAGCAGAUCAAAGAACGAGGCCAGGCUGUGGAAGUCCGGUGGUCCUUUGAUAAAUGUCAGGAAACCACGGCAGGCUUCACUAUUGGACGCGUUCUGCACACCUUGGAGGUCCUGGACAGCCAUAGCUUUGAAAAAUCUGACUUCAGCAACAAUUUGGAUUCACUGUAUAAUCGAAUCUUUGGCUCUGGCCAAAGUAAAGAUGGUCAUGAGAUGUCUCCAGAUGAUGAUGCUGUUGUGACACUACUAUGUGAAUGGGCUGUGAGUUGUAAACGCUCUGGGAGACAUCGUGCCAUGGUGGUAGCAAAACUUCUUGAAAAGAGACAGGCUGAAAUUGAGGCUGAGAGGUGCGGAGAAUCUGAAGUUGUUGAUGAGAAGGGUUCUGUUUCUUCUGGAUCACUCUCUGCUGCUACUUUGCCCGUUUUCCAGGAUGUCCUGCUACAGUUUUUGGACACUCAAGCACCCAUGCUUAUGGAUCCUGGAAAUGAGAGUGAGAGGGUGGAAUUCUCAAACUUGGUACUCCUUUUCUGUGAAUUGAUUCGACAUGAUGUUUUUUCUCAUAACAUCUACAUGUGUACCCUCAUUUCACGAGGGGACCUAGCACUAGACUAUCAUUUGCCACGUCCCCGCUCACCAAGUGAAGAACCAACUGAUGACACAGACCGUAAGGAACAAGACCCAGGAGGCAAUGGGAAACUUGAGGACACUGGUCUGUCUGAGUCUAUGGAGAUUGAGCAAAAUCCAAGUGCAAUUUUUGAUGAUGUAAUGUUCUCUCCUCCUAUGCACUGUGAAUCCAAAGGCAGCCCUUCUCCUGAGAAACCUACACUGGAUCAUGAAGGGAAGACAUCUGCUAAGGAUAAGAGUUCAGAUACUACAUUUCCUCUAGUGUAUGAACUGCCACGACACAUCCAAUAUGCAACACAUUUUCCUAUUCCUCAGGAGGAGAGUGCCAGUCAUGAGUGUAACCAACGUCUUGUUGUUCUAUAUGGUGUUGGGAAGCAACGAGAUGAAGCUAGGCAUGCUAUAAAAAAAAUAACCAAAGAUAUCCUGAAAGUGCUAAACCGGAAAAGCACAGCAGAAACAGGUGAAGAGAGUCAGAAGCGAAAGAGAAGCAAGCCGGAAGCAUUUCCCACAGCAGAGGACAUUUUUGCUAAAUUCCAACAUCUUUCCCAUUUUGACCAGCAUCAGGUCACCUCUCAGGUGUCAAGGAAUGUUUUAGAACAGAUCACAAGCUUUGCAUUGGGAAUGUCCUAUCAUCUUCCCUUGGUUCAGCAUAUUCAGUUCAUCUUUGACCUCAUGGAAUACUCCCUUAAUAUUAGUGGUCUCAUUGAUUUUGCUAUUCAGCUGUUGAAUGAACUCAGCCUUGUGGAAGCUGAGCUCCUUCUGAAGUCGUCUAGCUUGGUUGGCAGUUACACAACUGGCUUGUGUUUGUGUAUAGUGGCUGUGCUACGUCGUUACCAUUCCUGCCUGAUCCUCAAUCCAGACCAGACAGCACAAGUUUUUGAUGGGCUUCGGAUUGUGGUAAAGCAUGGAGUUAAUCCUGCUGACUGCUCUUCUGCUGAACGAUGUAUUCUUGCCUAUUUAUAUGACCUCUACACCUCCUGCAGCCACCUUAAAAGUAAAUUUGGUGAGAUCUUCAGUGAUUUUUGCUCCAAAGUUAAAAACUCUAUUUAUUGCAAUAUUGACCCUUCUGAUUCCAACAUGCUGUGGGACCCUGAGUUUAUGAUUGAUACUAUAGAGAACCCUUCUGCCCAUAACUUCAGUCACUCUAUGGCAGGCAAAAUCCUCAAUGACAACCCAGCCAAUCGGUACAGCUUUGUGUGCAAUGUACUCAUGUAUGUUUGUGUUGGACACCAUGACCCAGAAAGAGUGAACGAAAUUGGGAUUUUGUGUGCAGAGCUUACUGCCUACUGCCGGUCAUUGAGUGCAGAAUGGUUGGGAGUGUUGAAAGCUCUUUGCUGCUCCUCCAACAAUGGGAAUUGUGGCUUUAAUGAUCUUCUGUGCAAUGUUGAUGUGAGUGAUCUCUCCUUUCAUGAUUCUUUGGCCACAUUUGUUGCUAUUUUGAUUGCCCGCCAGUGUUUAUUGUUGGAGGAUCUUGUUCGAUGUGUUGCAAUUCCUUCCCUGUUAAAUGCAGCCUGCAGCGAGCAGGACUCUGAGCCUGGUGCAAGGUUAACCUGCAGAAUUCUUCUUCAUUUAUUCAAAACACCUCAGCGUAACCCCUGCCAACAAGAUAACUCUAAAUCAGACAAGCCCUCUGUUGCAAUUCGUUCCUCAUGUGAUCGCCAUCUUUUGGCUGCAUCCCAGAAUAGCAUUGUUGUAGGUGCAGUGUUUGCCGUUUUAAAAGCAGUUUUCAUGCUCGGUGAUGCAGAGCUGAAGGGAUCAGGGUUUUCUCACACAGCUGGUUUGGAUGACAUUUCAGAAGAUGAUCUUGGCUCUAAAAAGGCAGGUGGCCGAGCAGUUUCCAUUGAAACAGCCAGUCUGGAUGUGUAUGCCAAGUAUGUGCUGAAGAGUAUCUGCCAGCAGGAGUGGGUGGGAGAGCGCUGCCUGAAGUCUCUCUCUGAGGACAGCGGAUCUCUUCAGGAUCCUGUACUUGUGAACAUUCAAGCACAGCGCCUUCUACAGCUUAUUUGUUACCCUCACCGACAACUUGACAGUGAAGAGGGGGAGAAUCCACAGAGACAAAGAAUCAAACGCAUUUUACAGAAUAUGGACCAGUGGACCAUGCGACAGUCUUCUCUGGAAUUACAACUGAUGAUUAAACAAAGCACUGGUAAUGAACUAACCUCCCUCCAGGAGAAUAUUGCAAAGGCAACUAUUGAAGUAUUCCAGAAAUCAGCAGAACUGAAUUCCAGCAACCCUUCAGGAAAUGGUUCAGUAGUUUCGGGAAACAUUGUUAAUUCUGUCUCUAACAGCAACAGUGCUAGCAAGCUGAAACCAGUGUUAAGUUCUUCUGAGCGCUCUGGUGUCUGGCUGAUUGCUCCUUUAAUUGCAAAGUUACCAACUUCUGUCCAGGGUCAUGUUCUUAAAGCUGCAGGGGAAGAACUUGAGAAGGGACAGCACCUUGGCUCGUCUUCUCGUAAAGAACGUGACCGACAGAAGCAGAAGAGCAUGUCUCUCCUGAGCCAGCAGCCAUUUUUGUCACUGGUAUUAACUUGUUUAAAGGGACAGGAUGAACAAAGAGAAGGGCUUCUUACUUCACUUUACAGUCAAGUGCAACAGAUAGUAACUAAUUGGCGUGAGGACCAAUAUCAGGAUGACUGCAAAGCCAAACAGAUGAUGCAUGAAGCGUUGAAACUCCGGCUAAAUCUGGUUGGAGGAAUGUUUGACACAGUUCAACGAAGUACCCAGCAGACAACUGAAUGGGCUGUGCUUCUCCUUGAUAUCAUCAGUAGUGGCACUGUCGAUAUGCAGUCCAAUAAUGAGUUGUUUACCACAGUUUUAGACAUGUUAAGUGUUCUCAUUAAUGGCACUCUCGCAGCUGACAUGUCAAGUAUUUCUCAAGGAAGCAUGGAAGAAAAUAAGAGGGCUUAUAUGAAUCUUGUGAAAAAGCUCAGGAAAGAGCUUGGGGAUCGACAGUCAGAGAGCCUUGAAAAAGUCCGGCAGCUGCUUCCUCUCCCAAAACAGACUCGAGAUGUAAUUACCUGUGAGCCUCAGGGAUCCCUAAUAGACACCAAGGGUAACAAGAUUGCUGGAUUUGAUUCACUUUUCAAGAAGGAGGUAGGGUGCAGUAUCUGUAUCUGCUUAUUUCUGACAGAACUUUUCAUUAAAAUGCAUUCAACAUCUGGACCACGGAUGGAUACUUCUUAUCGUCCUGUACGCCCUUUGAAUUCUGGAAAAAUUAUGCAAAACAGGCCUCAGUAUCCCGGUUUGCCUGGCAUGCCUGGUAUACCUGGAAUGAUUGGGAUAGAUCAACAAACAUUCCGUAUGGCACAGUACAAUAAACAGCCAUCUCAACAAGGGCAACUUCUGCGACACCAACUGCAGGUGAAACUGCAAAACCAGGUGUUAGGGCCAAGGCAGAUGAACCCAAAUCCUUCCUAUGUGCCAAUGCAGACACCUCAGAAUAUAUCACAGAAUUAUACAAAUUAUGCCUCACACAUGGGAAUGCAGCAGCAUCCUUCACAAACAGGUGGAAUGGUUCCAACUACUUAUUCCAACGCACCCUUUCAAGGCACGCACCCAAGUACAAACCCAGCAAUGGUGGACCCUCAUCGGCAGAUGCAGACAAGACCAAGUGGCUAUGUUCACCAGCAGGCACCUGGCUAUGCACAUACUAUGCCAAACACACAGAGAUUUGUUAAUCACCAGCACAUCCAACAGAACCCAAUGAUGCCAGGGAUGAGUCACAUGGGUAACCAGAAUGUGCAUUCUGGUAUGAGAACAAACCAAAUGCUUGCUGAACAACAACAACAACAGCAGCAGCAGCAGCAGCAGCAACAACAGCAGCAGCAGCAGCAACAGCAGCAGCAGCAGCAGCAGCAACAGUAUUUGAGACAACAAGCCCUCAGACAACAACAAGCAGCACAACAGCAAGCUGUGCAACAUCAACAGGCAGCUCAACAACAACAGGUGCAGCAACAACAGGCUGCACAACAACAGGUGUCUGCUGCUCAGGCCCCUUCACAAGCACAGCCGCAACCUCUGGGAAUGCAGCCUCUACCACCUCAGCAACCCAUGUUUCCGAGGCAUGGUAUGCAACAAACCCAACAGCAGCAACAAACAGCAGCACUGGUCCGGCAGCUUCAACAACAACUCAGUAACACUCAACCUCAGCAGAACACCACUCCUUACUACUGAUAAUUGCCCUAUAGAUAAGAACAAGGAGAACAGUCUUCUGAAGCAGCAAAGCCAACUGUACUGAUGUUUUCUCUUUUUGGCCAGCAAAAUGGAGGGCAUCUCAGAGACAACGCAAGGAACUUUGCUCAUUAAGAUGUUUACCCUUGUGAUAGAUUGCAAAGUAGGCUGAUGGAGAAGUAGGAGUAGUAAUAUAAUUUAGGCUGUUUGUCAGAAGACUAUUAAAUACAUUUUUCUCUCUUUCUCUCCCUCUGUAUAUAUGGGUGUGAGUGGGCUGAAGGUGUGUGUGUAUGUGUGUGACUAAAAUAUGUAUAUAUAGAGUGAGAAAAAGCUACAUCUGUGUGCUUGUACAUAAACAUGCCUCUUAUAUACAUGCACACAUCCUAUUGUAAAAUGAGUAUAUAUGUAUGUACAUACAUAAAAUACAUACUAGUGCACAAAUGUUGCUCAGUGUCUUUCCUACUUGUUCUGCAAUAUCUUUGUUACUGUGACCUUCAGUGACAUUAAAAUAUAAUUAAGUUAUCCUUUAAAUCCCAAUAAAGCUGGACUGGAUUAGCAGUUAAUUAAAUUUUGUUGAUAACAAAUUUGUUAGUUUGUGUAAAAAAAAAUAUAAAAAAGUAUUGAUGCAUUUUUUAUUUCAAUUUGUACUUUGUACAACCUUUUUCUUUAUUAAAAUGAUUUCUGAAUUUUUAUCAGAUUAACUGUA